UUCAGAAUGAGAUUUUAAAAUGAAAAAAUAAAUAAAAAUUUGUAUUGGAAAACAUAUUAUUCGACAAUUAUAAUUAAUUAUUUAAACAAUUAUUUAUAUUUAUAUAUCUAUAAAAUAAAUUUAUAAGAAUUUUUUAAUAUUUUAGUGAAGUUUCUUUUUGUUAUUUUUCUUCUUGGGUGUUCUUUUGCUGAAAACCCAAUCUUAGUGUGUUUGUGUGUUCUUUUGUUGAAAUUUCUUGGACUUUUUUCAAGUUCUGGAUGCAAUUUAACAUGUGUAUGAUUGCUUGACUGGUGUUUGUUUGUAACAUAUUUUCUUCUUAUUUAGAAUAAUGAAAAACACAGAUGACAAAUGAGUACAAGUUAAAAAUCAUAUGGGGAGAUAAAAUCUUGAGAAUUUGCAUACCAUAUAUACCAACUUUCGUGUAUUUAAGUAACUGACAUAAGUUACUGUGUAUUUUUUAAAUGCCAAAUCAAAUUCUAUAACUACAUUAAUAAAUAAUAGCUGACAUAUGAAUUUGUCAGAAUCAAAAAUAUAAUAAAGGAGACUUGUUUCUUGGGGAACAUCUUCGAGAGGAAACCCUAGUUAAAAGAGUAGCCGUCGGUCUUCUUUCUCUUGCUCCGGUUGUUGGUGGUUCUCACCACUACCGGGAGUAGGUAAGAUUCUGGGAAAAUAGGUUCUCAAAACUCUUUACCGCCGGUUUUCUAUCUUUGGAAAGGGAUGAUUCUUCUAACAUCUCUAUCGUCGAAUUUGUGUCUCUAGGAAAGAUGGUUUUUCUAGCAUCUCGAUCACCGAAACUUAUGUUCUUGUGUGGUGAAUUAAUAUUAGUUUGAAAUCGUGGGAAUACUGCUUUUGUUUGGUUCUUGUUGUUUCAGUCACUUCGUCGCAUCCUAAGUUAGCUUUUUGGGUUCGUUUUUGUGAUUUAUGUUCGCUGUGGAGGUAUCUACUAGACUUUAUCUUAGACCUUUGUGGUUUUGGGAGAUGGUUUCUAGACGAAUCAGUUAACUUGACCUUCAGUUUUUCUUUUGUGAGGAAGUGGGCAGUCUUUGUUCUGUAGGUCACUUAGCUGUCUUGCAAGUGUCCGCGUAUAAGAGCUGGUGGUCUUCUUUGACGUUUUCCCAAGUAGCGUUUCAAGGUCUUUUGUCUUUGUAUCUUAGUUUUAGUGGUGGUUUCUGGUCAUGCAAAUUUCACAUGGAUAGCAGCUGUUGGAGUUGGUGUAGAUUUGACCUCUCGAUUGUUUCUGAUGUUGUUGGUUCUAAUAUGGCUUGGUGAUAUUCCCUUCAGGGUUGGGACUGCUCAAGACAUUUGUUCUUUAGGUCAGCUCCAUUGAUAUCGAAUUCUUCUCGAAAGGUGGAAGGAAUAGAUUUGUGGACAUAUAUGGAUUUUAUGCUUAGUUUAUGUCUUUGUUUUAUUUUGUUUGGUUUAUGUUUUUUGUCUUUGGUUUCUUAUCGACACUAUGUAUCUCAACUUUUUUCGAGUUAAAAAAAAAUGAAUUUGUCAGAAUAAAUGGUCGAGUAUAUUUAUCUUUUUUACUUUUUUUUUAUUCUUUCGUCCAUAUUUUUAUGAGUAUUUGCGUGCCAUAUACAAGAAGUUUCCUAUAUUUAGGUAAAUGACAUAAAUACUGUGCAAUUUUCUAAAUGGCAUUUCAAUCCCUAAUACCUACGCGAUGACACAAUUUAUUGAUUUUUUUAUUCUUUUUUUUUCUUUUUCUUUCUCGUCAUCUCCGUUAAAUAUCUCUCCACUGAAUCCAAUAAUCUCCUCGACCUUAAUGGAAAGCCUCCAACCUCCACCCCCUGUCGAUCCGCUAACAUGGCCCCGCCGGUAGGACAAACGGCGGCGGUAGCAUAAGCUGGUGGCGACGGCGAUUCUCAGCCGCAGCAGCAGAGAGGGUUUGGUUCAACGGUAUCCGGAAUCAUAAGGAUUGCAUUGUUCUGGUACUUUGCUUUAAAGUUCUUUUCGCCUAAGCAGAAACCGAUGGAUCCUUCUCAGACUCAUCACCUCAUGACCAAUCUCUUCCACAAAGGUGAAUCUUUGGAUAUGUGGUUUUAUCUAUCAGAGCAAGAGAAGUUCAAUGACUUUAGCAAUGAAGGUGCGCUCUAUUGGCAUGAGACGAAUACACCUUAUGCUGUAUGGACACCAGAGAGUAUCAGGACCCGAUCACUCAAGUAUUAUCCAUCUGCUACACUACAGAAUAACGGAAGUCUGUAUGCUCAUGUCUUCUUUACUCGAUCUGAAGUUGACAAAUAAAGCCAGCGUUGAGACAGGUACAUAGCUCGGGGAGAUUGUCUAGUUCCUCUCGUGUAACUGCGUGAGCGGAGGAGAAGCUUACGUCCUCCGUAGGUGGCGCGUGGAGACUGGUGAUUGUUACAGCGAGUUUAGUUAUGGUUGAACAUCUAUAGAUACGUAGGGAUUGAUGUGUAAUUUAACACCAAUUAUCUUACCACUUUUGCAAAUACUUUUGAAUUUUGUAUAGAUACCUAAUUACCAUUGUUUUUUGUGUAUAUCGAGCUAAAUGACCCUAUUUUUAUUCA